AGUUGUUUGCCCAUCAUACAUAUAUGGCUAAGUUUGGCCUGAAAAAACUACUUGUAACUCUCGCCUCUAUUUCGGGGAUCGGAAAGCCGGGUGUUACACACAUUCUGGUCGUGGUUUUCUUGGAGUAUUUCGCCUGGGGCCUGCUGACAAUGCCCAUGAUAGCCACUCUGAAGGAAACCUUCCCAGAUCACACAUUCCUGAUGAACGGUUUGGUGAUGGGAGUCAAGGGAAUACUCUCGUUUUUAUCAGCCCCUCUGAUCGGAGCAUUAUCGGAUAUCUAUGGCCGGAAGUUGCUGCUGCUGAUCACAGUGAUCUUCACUUGCCUUCCGAUCCCCAUGAUGACGAUCGACACUUGGUGGUUCUUUGCGAUUAGCGCGAUAAGCGGAAUUCUGGGAGUAAGCUUCUCGGUUGUCUUUGCCUAUGUGGCGGAUGUCACGACAAAGGAAGAGCGGACCAGAUCUUAUGGAUUCGUAUCGGCCACAUUUGCCGCCAGUUUGGUGAUUGCGCCGGCUUUGGGCAAUCUCAUAAUGGAACUUUACGGAAUCAAUACUGUGGUGUUCAUAGCCACGCUUGUAUCCACCACGAAUGUGAUGUUUGUGCUGCUUGCUGUUCCAGAAAGUUUGCCCAGAAAAGUAAGAUCCACUGGACUGAGCUGGAAACAAGCGGAUCCGUUUUUAGCCCUCCUAGGGGUGUGUUCAGAUCCCAAUAUCCUGCUUCUGUGCAUCGUGGUCUUUAUGUUUCUGCUUCCCGAAGCUGGUGAAUAUUCCAGUGUACCAGCUUACCUUAAAUUAACCAUGGGAUUUGACUUCGUGGAACUGUCUAUGCUGGUGGCUUUUAUGGCCAUUUUGAGCAUAUCUGUGAACGUGACCUUGGGAUCUAUUGUGAAGACUAUAGGUGCCAAAAGAUCGAUAUUAUUGGGCCUGUUGUUGGAACUGCUGCAACUAAUACUGUAUGCCGUUGGAGAUGAAAAGUGGCAAAUGUGGUUGGCUGGAAACGUGGCUGCCUUGAGUUCCAUUACUUUUCCGGCCGUGAGCGCCUAUGUUUCCCUUUAUACGGAUGGUGAAAGUCAGGGAGCAGUUCAAGGUAUGAUCACGGGAAUGUCUGGAUUGUGUAAUGGACUUGGACCCGCUAUAUUUGGGAUCGUAUUCUACCUAUCUGACAUGGACUUGAGCGAGGAUCGGGUUCUGAUAAGGAGUGUAAAUGGAGAUCGAACUGUUGCCGGCCCCUUUAUGUUUGGAGCUAUCUCUGUGUUUAUUGGCAUACUACUAGCUUCAUAUAUUCCAGAUGAAAAGACCGCACGGGGCAAGAAAGAGGAAUUUUCUGCCUUGAAAUAUAUAAUCGAAAUGGACGAAGGGGUGGCAAAAUCUUGACUUUUAGUU